AAUAAACGUAACGCAAGUCAUCCGCCGUAGUACAUCCGGCAAAUCAUGACGAAGUCGAGUUGCUGAUCUGCACCUCAUUACUUCUUCUGAUCGGAUCGACGUCUCGCAGAGAAUUCUGGCUUCGCACCGACCCCGGGCGAGGCCAAUACGAUAAAUACUUGAUUUUCGGGAUCUCAGUCAUCGCCGACCUUAGUCGGGUAAUACCUAGCGGUACGAUCCGCGAGCUAAACAGCUGGAGGCCGGGUGCAAGAAGAGCAACCAUCAUCCCCCCUCAAAAUUGACCCUCUCACUUUCGAGCUGCUGCAUUUCCAUUUAUUCGCUUACUGAUCUGCCAAGUCUUCUGCCAUCGCGACCAUGGCCGACCUCCAGACCCACAACCUUGACCUCACCCUCCCCGAUCGGGCGCCUGAGUUACUGAAAGAGUAUGCUGAAGGCAUUGAUACGGGCUCGUCUUCAUUUGCCAUCUACAGCUUGGUCCCCGACAUGACUGCCUCGCAGAUAGAGGAGAUCUCCAACAUCCCGCAACAAGAGUACGAAGAAUACGAGUAUCCCGGCCGGCUCGCGCGCCCCGCCAAGCCCGCCUUCGACUUUGCCGGCAAGACAUUGAAAGAUGUCGUCGCAGCUCACGCUGCUAUGGACAAAAAUAUCAUUAAGCCAGGUGACGGCGGCGCCGCCGAGAUCGCCUGGUACCCUAAUGUGUUCGUCGUGCUGACCAAGAGAGACGACCUCGCGGACCACGGCAUGCUGCUCGUCUAUGCCCAGAGGGAGCACCCAGACGGCGUGGGCAGGAUGGACCGGUUUUUCUUCGACCCGAAGGACAUGUUCGCGGUGCUGACGGAUGUCAUGGUGGGCUCGCAUGGGAUGGACGUGUACAAGAAGUGGCGGGAUAUCGACGGGCAGGAGUUCUUGAGCAUCAGGAAAACCGAGGGUCGCGCGUAGAACAUAGCACUCGACGACGCCCUUACAUCCAACCCAGCCUACACAGGUCUACCUCGCUUGGGGGAGCAUAACGUAUAGGAGGUCCCUUUUCCGGUGCUUACCUGCGCGCCUUAAGAGAGUCGGGCGAAUUAGGAGAAAUUCCCUUGGCCUCCUCACCUCACUGUUUGUCGAUUUUCACCGUCAUUUGCUCGCACCCAACUUUUUGCCACAUAGGGAGGGGUGCGUCCCCCCCCAGCCACAGACCUCUUGGUGUGCAACCCAACAUAGCCCUUGCAUAUGUCGGACUGACCUGCUCUGAAAGAGAGCUGGAUAGAAGACAGGCCUGAAAUCGGGAUGUUGCAUAUUGUAGUACCCUUAGCUCCAGUUAACAACCAUAAACCAACCCAAUCGGUGCAGGACCCAGGACACCGAAGGGGUGGCUCGAGAGAUGUGAUAGGCUAGAGAGCGGUGAGCUUCGUUACCUUUAAUCGAUUAGUUAUGUAG